AUGAGUAAGAGAAAAAGAGUACCAAGUGUUCAUCAAGAAGAAAGCGAUGGAGAUGAGUUCCUUCGAAAAGAAGAUCUUGGAAUCCCGUCAACACCUCCAUCUCAAAUGGUCGAUUCCGAUAAUGAGGAAGAAGACAUCUCUGCAACCCAACAGAAAUCAAAGAAAACAAAAAAGAGAAAGGAAUCUUCCGACUCGUUAGAUGAUGAAGAGGACGGAAAAGAUCUUGAAGCUGGUAUUAUUGAAGUUUUAAAGCUGAAAAACUUUAUGUGUCACCCAUCAUUAAAAGUUGAAUUCCACGACAGAACCACAAUCAUUCAUGGCGAAAAUGGAAGCGGAAAGUCAGCAAUUCUUACAGCCAUCCAGGUAUGUUUGGGCGCAAAGGCUAAAAACACGAACAGAGGUAAAUCCAUUAAAGAUUUAGUUAUGACAGGAAAAGAGCAAGCAGAGAUUUCAAUCCAGCUUCGGAAUCAAGGAAAAGAUGCAUACAAGAAGCAUUUGUAUGGGAAAUCUAUUACCAUUGUAAAAACAAUCUCCAAGUCAGGAUCAUCAUCGCUCAAAAUUCAGAAUACAAGAGGAAAGACUGUUGAGAAAACAAAUGACGAGCUUCGUCAAAUUUUACACUGCUUCAACAUUCAAAUUGACAACCCAACUACUUGUAUGACUCAGGAUAUCAGUAGAGAAUUCCUGGCUGGAUCAUCUGAGGCCAAGAAGUUCGAGUUUUUCUUAAAAGCCACCCAGUUACAACAAAUGAUGGACUACUUUAAGCAGUCACAAGAAAGCAUGAGCAAAACUGAGCUUUUAUUGGAAGAAAAAGGCAAAUCACUUGAAGAAAGCAAGGAAGAACUCGACAGAAGAAAAGAAUUGUAUGAAAAUGCACAACAUAUUGACACUCUCAUCAACGAAAUCGAGCGUUUGAAGGCUGAAAAGAUGUGGGCAGCAUAUUAUGACGCUAAAAAAAAAUAUGACACUCAAUACAAAGUACUGGAAGAAAAGAAAAGAGAACUUCAACAAUUAAUUUCGCAACGUGACUCUUCUACGAACGAAAAGCUAAAUGAGUUAAACAGAAAAAAAGCUGAAUUAGAAGAGGAGAAUAAUCAAAUCACAAUUUCCUUAACCGAAAUUGAAAGAAGAGUCAAUGAUUUGGCUAACAAAAAAAAAGAUAUUGAACAUAAGGCUCAAACCAUUUAUAAGAACAGAGCAACUUUGAAGAGCGAGCAAACAAAAUGCAACCAAGAGAUUAAUAUUUUAGAAAAAAUUAAAGCUGAAACACUCUCGAAGAACAAGAUUGACAAAGAGUCGAUAAUUAAGGGAAAACAAGAAGAGGUUGAGAAACUAUCUGCUGAUCUGGAAAGCUACAAACAACAAAAAGCCUCCAUUGAUGAAUCCUUAAAAUCAGAUAAGAGCGCAAAAAGAGAAUCUCACCAAUGA